GCGUUGUUAUAUGUUUGUAAAACGACCUGUUGUGAGUUUACUUCACAUAUGUGAAUGUAUAGUAUAAAUUUCUGCGGCUGCUAGCCGAGUGCUGCUACCGCUGAGUAGGCCUCGGUAGGCGGCAGCCAUUUUAGCUCCCUGUAAAUAAGCUGUUAGCCUCGAAACACAAUGCAGCGUCGAAUAUGCAACAAUAUAGUUGGAGAUAUAAAGCAAACGAGUUAAUUAAGGCAUUUGGGAUUCGCUUCGUCUGGCUGUCUGUUUUUGUUUGUUUGUUUUUUAAGUUUCCGUUAGCAUAACCUGCAAAUCCAGCGCAGGAAGUAGGCCAAGCUCUCAAUUCGUUUAUACAGUCAUGCAUCGUGACUGUCCCCUUGACUGCAAGGUCUACGUUGGAAAUCUCGGAAACAAUGGAAACAAGACAGAGUUAGAAAGAGCAUUUGGCUACUAUGGUCCUCUCCGGAGUGUUUGGGUGGCCAGGAACCCCCCAGGCUUCGCCUUUGUAGAGUUCGAAGAUCCCAGAGAUGCAACUGAUGCCGUGCGGGAGCUUGAUGGAAGGACUUUGUGUGGCUGUCGGGUGCGUGUGGAGUUAUCUACUGGCGAGAAGCGUAGCCGCACUCGAGGCGCUCCCCCUUCAUGGAGCAGGCGUCCUAGAGACCGAGACGACUACAGGCGGCGUAGCCCACCACCCAGACGCAGAUCCCCACGCAGGAGGAGUUUCAGCCGCAGCCGUAGCAGGUCUUUCUCCAGAGACAGGAGGAGAGAGAGGUCCCUCUCCCGGGACAGGAACCACAAACCUUCGAGAUCCUUCUCUCGAUCAAGAAGGUACUUGUACACCUUGAACUGUGUGAAGAUUAUUUCAGUCCAUUAAAGUAGGGUUGUUAGCGACUCAUCAAAUAGACAAACAUUAUUUAUUUAAAUAAAAUAUUGGGAUAUUAAUUUACAGUGACAGUGUUGGUUCAUAGCUGACCAAACUGAGAUAAAGUCAGCUCGACUGAAAAGCCAUCCAACACCGGAUACUCCUGUCAAGGCUGCCUCCUAAUCCAGAGCAAGCAAAUGUCUCCAUCCCACCAGUAAAAAAACAGGACAGCCACCUUCUUAAAAAAAA